AAAAAUAUCAAAAUGUUCCUGUCUAAUUAAUAAUGGAUAAUGAUAUAAGAGACGAUUUUUGCGAGACGAAAUUGAGGAACCAUCGACGUGGCUUGCCACGUAGACAAACACACAGCACACUUAUCACAUAGACUUGCGCAUGCGUAACUUUAUUUUUUGGGGAUGACAAUUUGUGAAAGGAGUUUAACUUAAAUCCUAACUCUAACUUUAUUUUUUAGGCAACAGAUCUUGAAUUCCUUCAAGAUCAUGGCCUCCUCUUUGAACCCACAUUCAAUCUCGGCUAAAGGUUUUGAGUUUCAAGCUCAGUCAUGGCCGCAUCUUCACCUUCAAGAUGCAACCCCGAUUCUCAAAACUCAUCAUGAACUGGUCCAAAGACAAAAAGGGUCAUGCGAAAACUCACACCCUGCAAAUAAAAGCUCCUCUGUCUCGCCCGUUACUUAUUCCAUUGCCAUGCCAAAUGCCAAGUGCCAAUUCACACCAACAAAUGCCAACGGAGGCAAUAAAGUUCCUUCCUUUUACAGAACUCCUUCACCACUAUAUAAUCACCAACUCCCCACCGCCAUCAUGCAUUCAUCUCUGAUUGUGUUUCACAAUGGCUUUGGAAAUUCAGAAGGGUCUGCUUCGAGGCUUCAUUCAGAAUAUGUAUGAUGAGGGAUUUGUUAAUGAUCAAUUUUAUCAGAUGCAAGCCAUGCAGAAUGCCAGGCCAGAGGAUGUUAUGCGAACAAUCACUUCCUACUGCACUGCUGCUGAAAAUUUAUUCUCUCGAUUGACCUUUCACACCAACCGAGCUGAGGUUGACUUCCGUCAGGUUCAUUUUCUUGCUCGUGAUCUGUAUGCAAGAACCAGCAAUAUUGGUGCAGAGCAUGUUAAGCUUGCAUGUGCUGAAAUUAUUCGGGCUGCAGAACAGAAUAAUAAGGAACAGUGCUGUCAAACUCUGUAUUGGACUAAGAAUGAAUUUACCCAUCUGAGAAGGAAAUUUGAGACUGUGGUGCAGAUGGAGAGGAGGAUUAUUGAGCUUGCAAGUAGAAACUGAAAGGGAGCCAGAUCCUAUCCCAACUUAUCUCCUUCAGUUGGAAGUUAUCUAGUUGAAAGUUUGCAAUGUUUUGUCAAUGUUUCCAUUUCGGGCAUCUCUGCUGUAGCCUUACGUCCGGAACAGGAGAAUAUGCUACAGUAGCCUGUUUCUUUUAUAUUUCUAUUUGAUGUAAAUGCAUUUCAAGUUUUUAAUCAGAAUGUUUAUUGUUGUUAAAAGCAAUGCAAAUCAGACAAUUGGGAACAAUCUAAUCUUCGUUGAAUCUUCUUGUUAUCUACAGUGCCAUACUUCAACAAAGAUGUCAUAUGGAA